UAAACAGCUAUUUUAUGAGAACACUCAGAGAAUUUACACAUAUACAAGUCAAGUGUCUAAACUAAGAGGAUGUCUUGGCUUGGGAUUGCUUUUAUCUGUUUGAGUGGCAUUUUAGUUUCAGGUCAGAGCCCCAACUGUUGUCCGGAUGGCUGGCUGUCAUUCCAAUCAUAAUGCUACCAUCUCACGCACGACAUUUACGAAGACUUUUUUGAAUCAGAGAAUUAUUGCAGAAACCAUGGUGGCCACCUCGUGAAUGUUGGAAGCAAAGCCGAAGACGACUUCCUGAAACAGUUCAUGGCAAGACUUAACGCGACAAUAUUUUGGAUGGGACUUACAGACGAAAUAUCGGAAGGGCGCUGGAUAUGGCGGGACACGGGGUUGGAGCCCACAUACACGGGGUGGAGCCCGGGGGAGCCAAACUCGUUUCAGGGGGAGAAUGAGGACUGUUCUAUCUUCUACGUUACCACGAACUACGCCUGGGCCGACGCCUCUUGUCUUGGGAAAUUUCCGCCAUGUUGUGAGAUAGAUUUGAGCAAUAGUGGGGGUGUUGUCGGCUAGAACCUACCUUCGUCAUGUUCUCGGCUAGAACCUACAUUUAUCAUGUUCUGGGCUGUUAUAAACGUUUAGUUCAAGACUAAUUAAAUCUUUUUCGACCAUU